AUGACUACCAACCAAAAUAAUCAUGCCAUCGUGUUUGGCUGCUCCGGAAUUAACGGCUGGGCUCUGGUAAACCAAUUGUUGUCCGGAUACCCUACCACGGGGACUUUUGCUAAAGUAACUGCUAUUGCAAACCGUCCUUUCAAGCCUGAGGAUGCUGGGUGGCCUCGCGAUGCUGGCGAUCGACUGCAGAUCGUCUCUGGCAUCGAUCUUUCGGCUGGGGAUGAUAUCGCUUUGAAAAAGGCCCUUGCAGGCAAGAUCUCAUCUGUGGAGACUGUUAGCCAUAUUUACUAUGCUGCUUAUCGUGAGAGCCGCGAUGGCGCAGAGGAGUGUCGAUUGAACAAGGAGAUGCUACGGGCUGCGGUGCAGUCUAUCGAGGAUCUGUCUCCUGCGCUGAAAUUUGUCACCCUCGUUACUGGUACUAAGGCAUACGGAGUCAUGAUGUUCGAUAAAUUCCCUUUCCGAGGACAGACACCCUUGAAAGAAAGCUAUCCACGUAUUCCGGACGAAUAUGCCAAGAAUCUUUUCUACUAUCACAUGGUCGAUCUGCUACAUGAAUUGUCUGCCGGUAAAGCCUGGUCAUGGUGCGAGGUUCGGCCAGAUAUUAUCAUUGGCGUUGCUCCGUUCGGAAAUGCAAACUGCAUCGCUCAAACCACGGGAAUCUUCCUGGGACUCUACCGAGCCCUCGAAGGACCCGGAGCUCGUGUCGCAUUCCCCGGCACCGAAGCUGGCUGGAAACUCUUGUCGACAGAUUCCAACCAGGACAUCAUUGCACAGUUCUGUAUCCAUGCCUCCCUCCAGCCCCGGGACAACGUCCACGCCCAGACUUUCAACAUCGGCGAUGAUGCAACUCCGUUGUCAUGGGAGAAGCGCUGGCCAAUCCUCGCCUCGUACUUUGGGCUAGAGGGCGUCGGGCCAAGCGAUGAUGCCGUGACCGGGCCUGAGUACGUUGAGAGCCACAAGGAGGAGUUCCAGGCUCUCUGCAAGGAGCGUGGUCUCAAGGAAGAUAUCAUGUACACCAGCAUUCGGAACACUGGCUCAAGAGGAAGUGUGAUGAAACUCAUGGACUUUGAUCGCAACUUGGAUUUGAGCAAGGCAAGGGCUCUGGGUUUCAAUGGGGAGUUGAGCACCGAGAGUUCCUGGUAUACUGCCUUUGACCGUGUGCGUGAAGCGAAACUCAUGUUGUAG